AUGCAUCGCUCGAAAAGUGCUUCUAACAAUAAGAAGGAUCCAACCAAUGACGUCAGUGCAAUAAAUCACACAACGUCUAAGAAACAGAGAAGGCACCAUAAAUCCUCAACUCUUGAAAAUCGACCUGAAUGGAACAACGACACGAAAAUCGAUGGUUACGACGAUGUGGAUGAAAAUGGACGUUACCGCCACCGUGGUGUGGAGCUAAACCGAGCUCAUACAAAGGCUGAACAGGAAGAGCUCAACCAAGCAUGGCUCGAAUCUCUUCGAGGAGAUUUUCACCACGAACGACAUGGAGCAACGUCAGCAGGACAUUAG